GACUGCACCAUUUGAUGCGAAAAAAGGGGUGUUGAAGACGGAAGGUUUCUUUUAAUCCAUUAAAAUAUUCCCAGGAAAUUCAUAUAAUCCGUGUCAUUAUAAAUAUUAAUGUUUCAGAGCAAUUAUUACAUGUGGAUAGCGACAAAAGAAGGAUUACUCAUGCAUAAAAUGUAAAGUUGCAACUGGCGAUAACGACCUUUGGUUUACGGUCAAUGUAUUUACCUAUGUUAAUGUUUAAAUCCAUUUCGCCUCCCCGCUGUCCUCCGAAGAAAUUGCAUUUUGUUUAGUUUUAUUGGAGAUUUUCAGUUAAACGACGACGAAAUGGCCCUCAAAUCAAAGGCGCUGCGUUUCAAGUCCAAGUUUAUUACUGCCGAGCUGGCUCGUCUGUUCAGCCAGUCGGACAGCGAGGAGGAGUUUGAAGGCUUCGAUGAGGACGAUGCAAGAGUGGACAGAAGACAUGUUAACAUGCAAUACAAGACGAAGAUGUUGGACCCAGAGGAUGGCAGUGAUACGGACACAGGCUUCUACUCUGAUGGUGAGGAGACGACAGCGCCUAGGAGAGGAAGUCUCCUAGUAGCUCUCCGAUUUCCAGUCAAACAGUCACCCACCCCCAAAAAGGAGCCACAAGCAAAAAGCAUCGAAAAGCCGGUUAAAGAAACCGUGGCACAGAGGGUGAGGGAGAGGAUGAAGAAGCAGGAGGAUAAACUAAGACAACCGAAGACAGAGAAGGCGACGGGAGAAGAUGAGGCUGUGUGCCGAAGCCUAAGCAAGCGGGACAAAAACAUCCAGGAGAACAAAGCCAUGCUGGCCAAGCUGUUUGCUGAUCUCACCACUAUGGCAGACCUAACUUUGCCCGACACCCCUCAAAAAAAGAAACGCUCUCCGAUGAAAGCGACGCCACGCAAACGGAAAUUGGAACAACACAGCGGGUCUGAAAGGAGGAACCCGUCUCGUAAAGCUCGCCCUCCUGAGAACUUUGCCGUGGACCAAGUGUGUGAGCCGUUGCCCCGCAGUGGCCCAAAGGCGAUAAACCUCAGGAGACUCGUAGAGGUGGAUGAGGAAAGUGCUGGCAACAGGCCAGGAAAGAAGCGGAGGAGCCAUCGACGCAGUCAGUACGAGUUCAAGUCGGUGGAUGACAUCACCGAAGAUGACUUGGAGAACAUUGCGUCCCGCAGCAAAGACAAGAUCUGGGACAAGGACAAUGGAAGCUCAUGCCACCAGUGCCGACAGAAAACCCUCGACACAAAGACCGUGUGCCGCAGUGGGUUCUGUUCUGCGGGCAAAGGCCAGUUUUGUGGGCCGUGCCUCAAGAACCGCUAUGGCGAGGAUGUGCGCACCGUUUUGCUGGACCCGACAUGGUCCUGUCCGAUCUGCAGAGGAAUGUGUAACUGCAGCCUGUGUCGGAGGAAAGAGGGGCGCUGCGCGACUGGCAUUUUGGUCGGGCUGGCCCGCUACAAUGGCCACGACAACGUCCACGAGUAUCUGGAGAGAAUUCAGAAGGAGCUCCAGUAAAGUCCACGGAGACUCCUCCUCAUACAGAUGAUACACUGCACAGUACUGUAGAACUUUUUGAUAAAUGUUUAUUUUUUUUUUAGGCAGGCGCUUUUAUCAAACUACCGUAGAGUGCCGUUGUUAUCCUACUGUGCCACAAAUGCUAAUAGCAUUAGUACUGUACUUUUAUUUUGAUUUUUUUACCUUGCAUUUUUUUUGUUUGUUUUCCUUGAAGUGUUUUUACAAAACACACAACUUUUUUUUUUUUUUUUUUACCACUGUGUACAGUUGUGCCUCAACUUUAAUUUCUUGCAUGACCAAACUACCGGUACUCAAAUCAUCAUUUCCCAUAAAACACCUAAAAAACAGAAAAAAAUAGCACUUUACAAAACUACUUUAUAACAACAUCAAUAAUAAUUCAAAAUAAUGUAAAGAAAAAAAGUGUGCAUCCUGAUUAAAUCAGCGUCUGGCUUCUGGUCUGUGUAUUCUGGCCACCACUGGGCAGUACAAUGACUUAACACUGACAACAAAAUAGACAAGAAACAAUCAAAAGUACUCGGUUAGUUGCUCGUAUUAGUUGGUUUUCAGAGCAGAUAAGGAAUAUAUGUUGAAAGUGUUGUUGUCAGUCUACAUGUUUUGCUGCACUGUGUUCAGACAUCUGUUGCUUGAGUGUCGUUAACAUUGCGACACCAAUGAUUUCAAUAGCCAGUCUUCCGAAGGCAAAGUUAUGUAGUUGUUCGCAGUCUUUCAAGUUUGUGCUCACAAGUCCAAGCAUAAAGUCUUCCGGCCUAAUGCUUGUAUCUCGAAAAACCGGUGAGUCAGGUCACUUGUAUGUCAAGGUAACAUCGCAUUAGAAUUCUUGUCAUUUUACGAUAUCUAGUUCUAAUAAAGACUGUCUUUUGUUUGCA